GUUGACAAGAAAAGCUUUGCUCAAGAUUUUGGUAUCCGUGACAACGACAACUUUGUUUGUUGUGACGUUUUUCAUGCAUCAGUGCCUACGAUAAAUCUUGAUCAGCCUCAGCUUUCGGAUUUAUGCUUGCUUCCGACGAGCAAGGGAAUUAAUAUUUGGAAAUUGUUAGAUUUUCUUCAAUUGAAUAACUUUGUUCAAAGAUUAAAGUGAUUUUGAUUUUCUGUUAAAUGAAUUUACACCCUGACCAAAAUAAGUGAUGUUUUAUUUGGAUGAUGAAAACCCUGCAAAAAAGGCAGUGUCCUUUGGAACAACACUAAAUAGAGGUUUGUUCCCCCAUGUUUGCGAGCCUGAUCGCACUGGAAAUGAAUUGUGUCCUCUUCGUGGUGCACCCCAAAGAGGUCCAGGGCGAUACAACAAUGCUGAAUUGACCAGUUUCACAUACAAUCUCGACAAUUGGAUUUGUAGUUCAAAAGGUUAUACAUGUGGUGCUAGGACGGACCCAAGAUUUCGAAGAGUGCAUCACUUGAAUACCCCAAGCCCAAUGGUGUAUCAAACUGAAUGGACCAAGCCGAAAACAUCACCACCUGCUUUCAAACCUUUUCAUACAUCCACUGUUAGAUUUAAGCAACGAGCAGUCGAUCAAAUGAAAACCCCAGGGCCAGGAGUUUAUGAGCAUGAGAUUGUGAGGAAUAGAAGAGUGAGAUGGCCCGAACAGUUUGGCUCUCCUAUUCUACCAAUUGAACCUGUUUCUUCUAAGAAAACUUUAAAAACUGAAUUACACAGUGAUAAAGAAUUCAGGAAAUUCAGAAAUCGUGUCGCUUAUUUCAAGCUUUAUUUUGAUUAGAUUCUCUGUUUUGCUGUCAGAUUUUUCCCCACAUAUUUGCUUUUUGUAACAUUGUCUUUUAUUAAUUAAUCACUGUACUUUAUAUGUAUAACCAUGUUUACUUUUUCUUAUUUUGACUGCAUAAUAAUACACAGGGUGUUCAUAAAGUUCUUUAUCAAAUCAGAUAAAAGAACUUCGGUGUCCUUCAUGCAACUAAUGGAAGGCUUAUAAAUAUGGAAUAAAAUGAAGUAAAAACUUAAAUAAACACUGAAUAAAAUAAAAACAAACCUGGUUAAGAUAUAUUGAGAACGAACUUUGUACUGAAAUUUCACUUGCAAAAGACAUUCAUGAACACCCUGUAUAAUCUAUGUCUCUUGCUUGAAGUUGUGAGUGAUAUAGCUGCACUUAUUUCACGCUUUCAUUCCUUUUUUUUGUUACUGUCAUUAUAACUACUCAUUGUAAAUCGCAGCAUUAUCAAUUUAUUUCAUUAUGUAAAUAUUAUACUAAAUGACUCAUAAAAAAUAUAUGUUCUUCGCCAAGAACUGAUGAAAAUUCGACUAUUCGUCAUUACACAGUUUUUUUUGUUUAAUUGUUUUAGCUUCGCAUAUGUAUUUUUUAGAACUCUGGUGAUAUAUAUCAUCAUACUUCUUGUAUAAUAGUUCCAUGUUGUUUAAUAAUGUGUUAUAGCAAUGUGCUAAACAUAGUUUGAAAUAUUUAAUUGUCCAAUUUUUUCAGUUCAAUUUUGUUUUGGCCCCUACUCAAAAUAAACCUAAUAGUUAUUUCAUCCAUAUUUUGGUUAUAUUUUCAUCCAUGA